CUCUCCCGGAGCAUCAUAUCCCGACACGCAACACAACAGUUAACACACUUGAGACGUAAAACUUUACCGCGAAAAGGCUCAUCUUAAGGAGUAUCGGUGGUAAAUAGUUUGUGAUAAAGAGUUAUUACAGCCAAGUGUCACUAUGUCAUCUCCAGCUAUCGGUAUUGACCUGGGCACGACCUACUCUUGUGUGGGCGUGUUCCAGCUGGGCAAGGUGGAGAUCAUUGCUAACGACCAGGGCAACAGGACCACGCCCUCUUACGUCGCCUUCACUGACACAGAACGACUCAUCGGUGACGCAGCCAAGAAUCAGGCGGCUCUCAACCCAAACAACACAAUCUUUGAUGCUAAACGACUUAUUGGUCGUAAGUAUGACGACCCUACAGUUAAGACUGACAUGAAACAUUGGCCAUUCGAUGUGGUCAGCGACAAUGGCAAACCCAAGAUACGCGUCAGUUUCAAGGGAGAAAGCAAGACUUUCAACCCGGAAGAGAUCUCGUCUAUGGUUCUGACCAAGAUGAAGGAGACAGCAGAGGCGUUCCUGGGCAAGAAAGUGAUUGACGCCGUCAUCACAGUACCUGCCUACUUCAAUGACUCUCAGCGCCAGGCCACGAAGGACGCUGGUGCCAUCGCUGGACUCAAUGUUCUGCGCAUCAUCAACGAGCCAACUGCAGCAGCCAUCGCCUACGGUCUCGACAAAAAGGUAGGCACCGGAAAUUGCAGGGAACGUAAUGUGCUCAUCUUUGAUCUUGGAGGCGGAACCUUUGACGUGUCCAUCUUGAGCAUCGAUGAGGGCAUAUUUGAGGUCAAAUCAACGGCGGGAGACACACAUCUAGGCGGAGAAGAUUUUGACAACCGGAUGGUAAAUCACUUUGUGCAAGAGUUUCAGAGGAAGUACAAGAAAGACAUCAGUGGCAACAAGCGUGCUUUGCGACGUCUGAGGACGGCAUGUGAAAGAGCCAAGCGCACACUCUCGUCUUCAUCUCAGGCGACUAUAGAGAUCGACUCGCUGUUUGAUGGUAUCGACUUUUACACGUCCAUCACUCGAGCCAGGUUCGAGGAACUGUGUUCAGACCUUUUCCGUGGCACUCUGGUGCCGGUGGAGAAGGCGUUACGGGACGCCAAGCUUGAUAAGAGCAGCAUUCACGACAUUGUGCUGGUGGGUGGAUCUACCCGCAUCCCCAAAGUGCAGAAGUUGCUGCAAGACUUCUUCAAUGGCAAAGACCUCAAUAAAUCCAUCAACCCUGACGAGGCGGUGGCCUACGGUGCGGCUGUUCAGGCUGCCAUCCUUCAUGGUGACCAGUCGGAGGGAGUUAAGGACCUGCUCCUCCUUGAUGUGGCACCUCUGUCUUUGGGCAUUGAGACAGCUGGAGGAGUCAUGACUUCUCUAAUUAAACGCAACACCACCAUUCCCACGAAACAUUCACAGAUCUUCUCCACAUAUUCAGAUAACCAACCAGCGGUCACUAUCCAGGUAUUCGAGGGUGAACGCACUAUGACCAAAGACAACAAUCUACUGGGCAAGUUUGACCUGAAUGGUAUCCCUCCGGCACCUCGGGGCGUUCCCCAAAUUGAAGUCACCUUUGACAUUGACGCCAAUGGGAUCCUGAAUGUGUCUGCAGUGGACAAGUCGACAGGUAAAGUAAACAAAAUCACCAUCACCAACGACAAGGGUCGUCUGAGCAAGGAAGAAAUUGACAGAAUGGUACAUGACGCCGAGAAAUAUUCUGAGGAGGACACUCGCCAGAGAGAGAGAAUUGAAAGUAAAAAUCGUCUGGAGUCACUGUGCUUGAGUUUGAAGAGCAGCCUUAGGGAGGAGGGCGUCUCCAACAAACUGUCUGAAGAGGAGCGGCAGCGCAUCACCAACCAGGUGGACGAAACCCUCAAGUGGGUAGACGAUAACCAGCUGGCAGAGAAGGACGAGUAUGAGUACCAUCUCAAGAAGGUGGAGGAUGUGUGGCGACCCUUGGCAGCCAAGAUCUAUGGACCAGGGAUGGCGGGCCAGGAAUCUGCGGGACCCAACACCACCAGAGGCUCACGACCUGGACCAACCAUCGAGGAAGUGGACUAAAUUGCCCAGUCCUAAGCUAAGGCCUGGUAACAAGUCUGUUGAGGCCCUCCAGAGAUGGUUGGUGAUAUAAUAUACAGUAUUAUGUUUCUUUACAAAACAUACAUUACAUUACAAAAAGGCAUUACAAUUUAUUUUUUUUUUUUGGUAAAUACUAAAUCUUUUUUUCCUUUAAAAACAAGAUGGCAUAUUCCAUAUUCCAUGUAAUGUUAAGUGACUGCAUUUAUACCCAAUUGAAUUGUGCUUGUUACUCUGAAAUCUUAAGGAAUUAUUUUACAUUAAGUACUUGUACUGUUCCAUUGUUUCCAGAAUAUACUUACUUUAAAACUACAAA